AUGUACGAAGAUUGGGAAGGUGUCAAUUCGUUGUGUCAGGCCAUCGAUCAAAUUGUCGAGAUUGAAAUGGAGUCGGACUUCUUCUAUGGCAAAUCGGUCCUCGAAAUCGGCUUCUCCACCGGCCUUCCGAGUGUUUAUGCGUUCGAAAGCGAUGCGAACGAAGUCGCUCUUCACACAUUUACGAAAACCGCAAUGGAGGUUUUCUGUAAGCCGACGUUGAAGCGCAAUAAUAUACCGAACAACCAGACGAAGCUCUCAUUUGGAAGUUUGGAGGAGAUGAAGAAGUGCCUCGGCGGCAAGAUGUUGUCCGUAAAUCUACAAGGUGAAAAUUAG